UCUUCGGUGGAUGGGAGAUACGUGCGGUCGGCGGUCCGGGCUGCUCUUCAAUUUGGUGGGCAACGUCCUUGGACUCCUGGUGUCCGGCGCGCGGUGGUACGAGCUGUCCCUCUAUGCCACGAAUGAUGUCCUCGGCUUGGCUGGUGAUGUCGUCCAGUCCCUCUCGGCGUUCGGCGGGGUGCGGCGCGACUUCAGUCUUGACACUCUCGGAUGGUGUUCCAAUCUAUUGCGGGAGCGGGUGUAUGGCGAACAGUUACCUUCUGGUUUUUUAUCCGAGCAACGGUACGAGAAAUGGGGGUUCCUGUUUCUGGGGCGUCGUCGUCCGUAUGCUCUCCCGAUGUUUCGUCCUCCGGCUCUUGGGCUGCCGACGGAUCUUCCACUAGGAUGCAGCUCUCCUCCACCUGUGUCGAAGAUAAAUCAUCCAGUACAUUGGGAUGGAAAUCGGCGGAUGCGGUGGCAGAUGCGGAUGGCGGCGAACAAUCGGGUGAGAUGUCUUCGGUGUCCGACAGACUUGGAUUGACCUGGUCGUUUCCUGCCAUGUUUUGUGAGAGAAUAACGCGACGAACGUGUGCGGUGAAUAAAAAACGUGAAAGUGUUGUGAUAUACAAAAUAAUUAAUAAGAAAUCCAAUAGAAAUUGUGAUAGCUUCGUAGUGAGUGAAAUACAGAAAAAGUGGUUUAGCAAUGUGUUCAGUGAUAAAAUGAGUCAAGUUAGCAAUAUCGUUAACAUAAAAAUGACAAGGACACACAGGAUACACAGUGAACACUUAUGCGGUAAUACAGGUACGCCUCUUAUAAUUUAUUAUUACUAUUAUUAUAAAUAUUUUAUUCUUAUAAUUUCUUGCCGCAAUUAUAUAUAUAGGCUAGUGUUCUUCGCAAAACUUUAUAUAAAAGUAGUGAUGCUCUGCUUGAAUUCCACAGUAUAUCCGUGAUUUAAUUUUACUUCCCUCUUUAUGUUUUAAAAAUUUAAAAAUAUAAAUAACUUCAAUCCUCUUUUCUGUAAAUAUUUAUAAAUUGUUUCAAUAUAGACCUAAUAUUCUUCA